AGGAGGCUGGUAAAAUCACUUGAAGAUCUUUGCUCGCAAUAUGAUCUGACAGUUAGAAGUUCUACUGGUGAUAUUAUACAGUUUAUUUAUGGAGGAGAUGGCUUGGAUCCUGCAGCCAUGGAAGGGAAGGAUGAACCGCUAGAAUUCAAGCGAGUUCUAGACAAUAUCAGAGCUGUGUAUCCAUGCCGAAGUGAACCAGCCCUUAGUAAAAAUGAUUUGGUGUUAACAUCUGAGUCCAUCAUGAAGAAGAAUGAAUUUCUUUGCUGCCGAGACAGUUUUCUGCAGGAAAUUAAAAAAUUCAUCAAAGGGGUUUCUGAGAAGAUAAAAAAAACUAGGGACAAGUAUGGCAUUAAUGACAACGGCACAACAGAGCCACGAGUUUUAUAUCAGUUGGAUAGGAUUACUCCAACACAGCUAGAGAAGUUUCUAGAGACUUGUAGGGACAAAUAUAUGAGGGCACAGAUGGAACCUGGUUCUGCAGUAGGAGCUCUUUGUGCACAGAGUAUUGGUGAGCCUGGCACACAGAUGACUCUGAAGACUUUCCAUUUUGCUGGCGUUGCUUCAAUGAACAUUACUUUGGGUGUGCCAAGAAUCAAAGAAAUCAUUAAUGCUUCAAAGGCUAUUAGUACCCCUAUUAUAACAGCACAGUUGGACAAAGAUGAUGAUCCCGAUUUUGCCCGUCUGGUUAAGGGAAGAAUUGAGAAAACUUUAUUAGGAGAGAUUUCAGAAUACAUUGAGGAAGUGUUUCUUCCAGAUGAUUGUUUCAUCCUAGUGAAGCUAUCUUUAGAGCGCAUUAGACUACUGAGAUUAGAGGUGAAUGCAGAGACUGUGCGCUACUCUAUUUGCAUAUCCAAACUCAGAGUAAAGCCUGGGGAUGUUGCUGUCCAUGGAGAAGCAGUUGUAUGUGUGACUCCUCGUGAAAAUAGCAAGAGUUCAAUGUAUUAUGUAUUGCAGUCCCUGAAGGAAGAACUACCAAAGGUUGUAGUGCAAGGUAUACCAGAGGUUUCCCGAGCUGUCAUUCAUAUCGAUGAACAAAGUGGAAAGGAAAAAUAUAAACUUCUAGUUGAAGGUGAUAAUCUGCGAGCUGUUAUGGCUACUCACGGAGUGAAAGGAACAAAAACAUCCUCUAACAACACUUACGAGGUAGAGAAGACACUAGGAAUUGAAGCUGCUCGGACAACCAUUAUCAAUGAGAUUCAGUAUACAAUGGUGAACCAUGGUAUGAGCAUUGACAGGAGACAUGUUAUGUUGCUGUCUGACCUAAUGACGUACAAGGGUGAAGUGCUGGGCAUUACUAGGUUUGGACUGGCAAAAAUGAAGGAAAGUGUGUUGAUGCUGGCUUCAUUUGAAAAGACUGCAGACCAUCUCUUUGAUGCUGCCUACUUUGGACAGAAGGAUUCAGUUUGUGGUGUUUCUGAGUGCAUCAUCAUGGGAAUUCCGAUGAAUAUUGGAACAGGACUCUUUAAACUGUUGCACAAAGCAGACAAAGAAUCAACCCCUCCUAGAAGGCCUCUAAUAUUUGAUAAUAAUGAAUUUCAUAUUCCCAUUGUUACAUAGCACUUGGACAUAAUACA